UCUGGCUCAGAUUAGUUUCAGAAGUUGCCAGAUAGCGUAAUGUCUCGAAGAAAUUUACUUACACAAAUUCGUUAUAUACUCAGUUUAAAGAUUUCACUUAUGAACAUUUUCCAGAUGUUAGAUGCCAAUUUGAUUUUAGCUUUAAAUAGAUUCGAAUCACAAUUUUAAAUAUAAAAUGAAUAAAUACUAAAUGCCUCUCAGCACUGUUACACGGCAGACGUGACUGCGCUAAUUAAGAAUAAAUGAAGCGAAACAUGCAUAUUCCGCCACAAUUGGUAUAGGUGUGCAAAAACAAGUUUGUAAGGAAUGCAAGUGCUGCUACUCAAUGCAAUAUUCGAGAAAUUGAGGACGCAGUGCUGUUUACACAUUAAUAGAACUAUAGUUAGUGAAAAUUGCCUUCCGCAUUUGAUGCCAAAAAAUAAAUAUAUAUGAAAAUAUACUUAAAUGUAAAAAAAUUAUUUUGAAUUGACAAACCUUACUGCAUAAGUGCUUUAAAGAACCUUGGUAUCAGUCUAUUUAAAAAUUAAAAUUUAAAAGCAAUUGAUGGACCAGAAAUAAAUUUGAACAGAUGGGGUUGCGAAUUUCGGAUUAAAAACAUUACGAAUGAACAAGCGAAUCAAAUAAAGGAAAUUUUACUUAUCUAUUAGCAGGAGUAAUUGAAUUGAAGGUGAAUUUACAGAAGUUGAAGUUGUCACAUCAUAUUACUACUUGUUCUUCCUUUGAUUUCACCAAAGUACACAAACACAAUACUUGAGCAUUUCAUAAAGUGUGCAUCGUUCCGUGUAUACAAAACGGCUUUCACAAUGCAUUGUGCUUCUAACACCGUGCGCUGUUUGCGAUUGUUAACGUUAAAAGUUUCGAAAUUUUACUAUGUAAAAAAAUCGGUUGGCGUCGACUUCAUGUAUCCAUUAUUAAAAGGGCGAAGCAAGUCAACAGGAGUAUUAGGACUACGUGGAACCGGUGUACAUUUAAGUGGUAACAAUAUGAAUAUUGCAUCCCAAGUUAAUAGCCACAGACAUCUUAGUACUUUACAAAGACAGUUUAAUAACAGAUCGAUGGAUAACUCCAGAGAUUUUUCCAAUCUAGACAGACCAUUACUGCACGGGUCUUCUAAGUUAUUUAAUCAAACGACAAUGAAAUUUUGGAGUCGUCGUUUUCUCGCAACAAAAGAAAUUACUAAAAAUAUGACGUUGCUGAGUAAGGAACCAAUUAAGGGUGAAGUGGAUCCAAAAACUUUAGAAAUAAAACAGCCUUCUGGCAAUACACUUGUACUGAUUAUGGCGUGGCUAAUGGCUCGGCAAAAACACUUAAAAAAAUAUGCUGAAAUAUACACAGAAAUGGGAUUUGAUGUUAUAGUCGUACAUGUAACACCAUGGCAACUUCUCUGGCCUGCAAAGGGAACUCAGGUUGUAGCUGCAGAUACCCUCAAAUUUCUUGAAAACAACAAAUUUUAUGCACCUAUUGUAGUUCAUGGAUUUUCGGUGGGCGCUUACCAAAUCGGAGAAGUGAUGUUGCAAAUGGCACGUGAUAUGAAUCGCUACAAAGACAUUUUAGAUAGAAUUGUCUGCCAAAUUUGGGACAGUGCAGCCGAUAUUACUGAAAUUCCAGCUGGAGUACCAAAAUCAAUCUUUCCUAAAAAUCCACGUAUGCAAAGUGCACUGCGUAAUUAUAUACUGUAUCACAUGAAAACAUUCCAUAACCAAGCGACCAUCCAUUAUAUGCGUUCAAGCCAAAUGUUUCACUCGACUUUGAUUAAGCAACCGGCAUUGUUCUUUGUGUCGGAAAAUGACAAUAUUGGCCCGCCUUCAUCGAAUCAUGCAGUUCGCGAAAAUUGGGAAAGAGCCAACAUUAAAGUAACCUUUAAGUGUUGGCAGCACUCACAGCACGCAGCGCAUUUGAUAAAACACCGCGAGGAAUACUUAGAGUGUCUUUUUAAACACCUUGAAAGUUGUGGUGCCGUUGGCAGUAUCGGUUUGAAAACUCGUGCUAAAUUAUAAGUUUCAGACAAUCUAUUAACAACAUCGACCGUUCACUUGCAAUUCACUUUUCAACAUUUUU